CUUCGCUCCAGCGGGGGCCUUCGGAAAAUCAAGGCAUCUCCACUCGGGUGGAAAAGGCAGCUCGAAGAGGCCCUCGGGGUUGGGGCCUCCCGGGCCGCGUUGGGAGCGGCCACUCCCAGCCCGGGUCCGAGCUGUCAGCCUUUCCGAGACCUGCGGUAGAGGAACGACGACUCGCGUAGCGCGGAUUCCAGCCGUCACCGACUUCCAGCUGCCAGCUUUCUGCCGGAUCUGCCUCCUCAUCUCUCCAGACUCCUUAGACCGAGGACCUCGGGGUAUGUAACAGCCAUGCCUGUGGACACACUGGACCCUGGGUCCCCGGCUUCCCCGGCCCUACCUUUCCACCUGCGGACCAAGGUCCCUGGCUACCUGCUGCGGCGGCCAGCAGACGGUGGAGCCCGGAAACCCAGUGCUGUGGAACGCCUGGAGGCGGACAAAGCCAAGUAUGUCAAGAGCCUGCAUGUGGCCACCACCCGCCAGGAGCCUGUGCAGCCCCUGCUGUCCAAACAACCACUCUUCAGCCCUGGGACUCGCCGCACAGUGCUCACUCCUAGCCGUCGAGCCCUGCCCGGCCCUGGCCGCCGGCCCCAGCUGGACCUGGACAUCCUUAGCAGCCUCAUCAACUUGUGUGACAGUCCUGUGUCCCCUGCUGAGGCCAGCCGGACCCCUGGGCGGGCAGAGGGAACCCGUCAGGACCUUCCAGCCACCCCUCCACGGCCACCACCCAGCACAGCUGCCGUCCGCCGAGUGGAUGUCCGCCCCCUGCCUGCCUCAUCUGCCCAGCCCUGCCCAUCACCAGGCAGUGCCGCUGCCUCCAGCCCUGCCAGGCCACCAGGUUUGCAGCGCUCCAAGUCGGACCUGAGUGAGCGCUUCUCCAGGGCAGCAGCUGACCUUGAGCGCUUUUUUAACUUCUGUGGCCUGGACCCAGAGGAGGCACGGGGGCUGGGUGUGGCCCACCUGGCUCGGGCCAGCUCAGACAUCGUGUCCCUGGCUGGGCCCAGUGCUGGGCCAGGCAGCUCUGAAGGGGGCUGCUCCCGCCGCAGCUCUGCCACCGCUGAGGACCGGGCCCGGGAGCGCGUCCCCUAUGGCGUGUCGGUGGUAGAGCGCAACGCCCGUGUGAUCAAGUGGCUGUAUGGGUUGCGGCAGGCACGGGAGACCCCAGCAGUGGAGUGCUAGGCCUCCACAGGACCUGGACAGCAUUUUCAUAGGAUCGAUCUUAGAGAUGCAAUUGGCCCCUUGACCUCUCCUGGAUCCAUUACCUGCCUCCAGUGAACUUGGUACAUGGAGGCAAAGGCUCAGAGACUGGACCAGCAUCCAUCUGGCAAGAACUGACCUUGGAGAGAGUUGCCUCUUGACCUUGGACCACCCCUACCCCUCACAUGCAGGGUUUUUGAUGCUUGGUUCCUCUCCUGGGGCUGGAUUUGGGGCACUUCACCCUCCCCACCAAAAGUGAGGGGUCAUGGGAUCUCACUACUCCUGUCUACCCAGAGGCUCUGUUUCCUCCUUCCUUCCUUGGCCUCUGUCAUAUGCUGACUUCCUCUUCCUCACCCAGUGGGUCCUGGUCCCCUGGGAACUUGCCUGGGGCAGGGGCAGGGAGAAGUGGCAUAGCUACUGUUCUCUGGGGUCUUUGGCAGCUUGGCCUGGGUAGGUAGACUACAGGAGGGACUGGCUCAGAGUCGGCACUGCUUUGACUUCCCUCCCCUUGGUUAAUAAACACAAAUGCUUGUUUCUC